CUUAGAUUUUCAGGUAAGGACUUGGAACAUCCGAAUUCUCAGGGAAGGACUUCUCCGGCCAAUUAUAAAUACCAACUCCAAAAUGCUUCCAAAACUCACCCUAUUAUCGAUUUUUCUUAUUAUUAUUUUCUCUUUCUCUCUCGACUGUUAUCUUGUCGUUUUCAUUCACGAUGACUAUUCUCAUUGAGCAGCUUCAUGACUUUGGAGUUGAAGCAGAUGAAAAGAAGGUCCAAAUAGAUGAGAAAGAACUGGCAUUGGAUGGGGGAUUUAUGGUGCCAGAGACCAACUCAUUUGGACACACGUUUAGGGAUUAUGAUGCUGAAGGUGAGAGGCAACCCGGCGUGGAGAACUUCUACAGAGUUAAUCACAUUAACCAAAGUUAUGAAUUUGUGACGAAGAUGAGGGAAGAGUAUAGCAAAUUGAACAGGGUGGAGAUGAGCAUAUGGGAAUGUUGUGAGCUUCUGAAUGAUGUGGUGGAUGAGAGUGAUCCUGACUUGGAUGAGCCUCAAAUUGAGCACUUGCUGCAAACCGCUGAAGCCAUUAGAAGGGACUACCCUGAUGAAGAUUGGCUUCACUUGACUGGCCUAAUCCAUGAUCUUGGUAAAGUGCUUCUCCUUCCUAGCUUUGGAGAGCUUCCUCAGUGGGCUGUUGUGGGUGACACUUUCCCAGUUGGCUGCGCUUUUGACGAAUCAAUUGUUCAUCACAAGUAUUUCAAGGAAAAUCCUGACUACAACAAUCCUGCUUAUAACACCAAGUAUGGAGCCUACUCUGAGGGAUGUGGACUGAACAAUAUAUUGAUGUCAUGGGGGCAUGAUGACUACAUGUAUUUGGUGGCCAAGGAGAACAAGACUACUCUACCUUCAGCAGCUCUUUUCAUCAUUAGAUACCACUCAUUCUAUGCACUACAUAGAUCAGGAGCAUAUAAGCACUUGAUGAACGAAGAGGAUGUUGAAAACCUGAAGUGGCUCCAAAUAUUCAACAAGUAUGACCUUUACAGCAAGAGCAAGGUUCGGAUUGAUGUCGAAAAGGUCAAACCGUACUAUCUCUCCCUCAUUGAAAAGUACUUCCCUGCGAAGCUAAGGUGGUGAAGUAGAAGUUGUUAAUAGUAUUUGUGGAUAUAAGCUGAAGAGAUAAAAGGCCAUCCGGGAGUAUUAGUGCUUGGCUGGCUGCGUUGUAGAUCAGAAUGACAUUUGGAGCUUGCUGUUUUAUCUUAUUAUUUGUUAUGAAGUGAUGUUUAGUUUGUCAUCCAUGUGAAAUAUUUUUAUUCAGAUUGCAUAAUAAAAAAGAUCUGUCUUUUCUGUUUCAUAAAACAAUAAAAUAAUGAUUGAGUUUUGUA